CAGAUUUGUUCUCAAAAACCAACAGAUUCACAUUGAUGAAAUUUGGUACAUAUCGAAUACGAUCCAGCAACGACUGUCGCAGCUUUUGGCUUCAAAUCGCCCACUCUAAACGCUGAAAAUCGGAAAAUAAAACGCAACAGAUGUUUAAUCAAAAAAAUUUUCCACCUCUUUGGGCUCGGACAUCGUAUUCCUAGGUUAUGACUGGUUUUCAAGUUCACACGCGAAAAGAAAAUCGAUAGCAGGUGCCAAGCGCAUCGACGAGGCUAUUUUUAGUGAGCUAGGUUAGUUCCGUCACAGACAAACCACAAAAAUAGCCGAAAUAUAAAUUUUUCCCAAGAAAAUACACGUUUCCUAGGUUACGAAAUCGAAUCGGUGAAGUUCAAGUCAGAGUGGCAGCAGAAACAGGAAAAACGCAGAAAUUAACGCCAAAUCUGACUGGGAAUAUCAAACUGAUACGUAAGUGCUGCACCGAAAUAUACAGGGGGGCCAAAAAUUUGGAAAUUAUGGGCAUGAAGACGAUCAAACUCAAUUCGGGCCAAGAGAUGCCCUUAGUGGGCCUCGGCACCUGGAGGGCCCAAGCGGAUGAGAUAGAAAGGGCCGUCAAUACGGCCCUGCAGGAGGGCUACAGGCACAUAGACACGGCGUUCAACUACAACACCGAAGAACCCAUCGGUAGGGUGAUCCAAAAAUGGAUCGAAGAGGGCAGGUUGAAGAGGGAGGAGUUGUUCAUCACCACCAAACUACCGAACGUGGGCAACAGACCCAGGGACGUGGAGAGAUACCUGCGAAUGUCGCUGGACAGGCUGCAAACGAGUUACGUUGACCUGUAUCUCGUCCACAUGCCGUUCAGUUUAAUGGGACACCCGGAUACGCAUGCGCCGUUGACCAACGAAGACGGAACGAUACAACUUGACGUUCAUAACGAUAUUAUAGGCACUUGGUCCAAGAUGGAAACACAGGUAGAAGAAGGAAGAGUGAGAUCUAUAGGAUUGUCAAAUUUCAACAUAGCACAAAUAGAAAAAAUUUGCUUAUCUUGCAAGAUCAAACCUGCUGUACUGCAGAUAGAACAUCAUGCGUAUCUACAACAACCAGAAUUGAUAGAUCGAUGCAAGCAACUAGGUGUUACUGUAACUGCAUAUUCACCGUUGGGCAGCCCUGGAGCAAACCAACAUUUCAGUACAAAGUAUAACUAUAAAUUGGAAGAAUUCCCUGAUAUUCUUGGUCAUCCUAUUGCUAAAAAGCUAUCAGAGAAGUAUGCAAAGACCCCUGGUCAAAUACUGUUGAGACAUAUUGUACAGAAAGGGAUUGUUGUAAUACCUAAAAGCUUGAACCCAAAACGGAUCAAAGAUAAUAUAGACAUUUUUAAUUUUGAACUAAUAGAAGAUGAUAUGCAACUAAUGAAUAAAUUGGAUAAGGGGGAAAAAGGAAGAAUCUUUGAUUUUCUGUUUUUCAAAGGUGUAGAGAAGCAUCCUGAUUAUCCAUUCAGGCAAAGACUCACUGUGGAUGGAGAAAAAUUAUUUCAACUAUAAAAUGGUUUAUUUCCUGAGUAUAUUAAUUGGCCUGUAAGAAUUAAUUAAUAAAAGGAUAAAACGAA